UACAAUCUUUUUAAAAUAAAUCAACAGUUGCGAUCCACGUACUCCCUUUCCUCUCUGACGAAAACAAUACAGCAACUGAAACCAUACCACAACCACCAUCAACGGUUGGUUUAGGAAAAGCAGAGAGAGAGUAGCAUAGUGCAUUGCAGAGAGAGAAAGAUAUAGAGAGAGGGAGUGAAAGGGACUUCUCUUCCGACAUUUUCUCAAUUAUUGAAGCGAAGUAGCAAACGAUGACGUCAACUCACAUCUGUUGCUUCAGAUCUCUUCUUCUUCGAUCAUGCUAGGGUUUCGUCUUUUGUAUUCACGAAGACGAUGUCCUAGAGGGAGACACAAAUACAGACACCACUAUACAUUCAGUUUAGAAUCAAUUUCGCAACAAUAUGGUGGUUUCUGGACCUAUAACACCAGGACAGCAGUCAUUCAGACAGUAACCUAGCUGAAUUGGAAAAUAUGAAAAUCAGGGAAGAUGAUCGGGCUGCUAUGCUGGAAGGAGGCCUCACAAGAUCAGCAUCCACAAGGCACUAUGCUUCAUCAAUUAAGGGAAACUUAAUUAGAUACAAUCGCGAUCUUUUCCUAUUCCUCUACAUUCUUCUUGUCAUAGUUUCGGCAUUGACUUCUCUCAAGAAACAUCAUGACAAGUCAACAUUUUCUGGAAAAUCCAUACUUUACCUUAAUCGGCAUCAGACAGAGGAGUGGAAAGGAUGGAUGCAGGUCCUCUUCUUAAUGUAUCAUUACUUUGCUGCAACGGAAUUGUACAAUGCAAUACGGGUUUUUAUUGCUGCACAUGUUUGGAUGACUGGAUUUGGAAACUUUUCCUAUUAUUACAUUCGAAAGGAUUUUAGCGUUGCUAGGUUUGCUCAGAUGAUGUGGCGGCUAAAUUUUUUAGUGGCAUUUUGUUGGAUUGUUCUUAAGAACGACUAUAUGUCGUACUAUAUCUGCCCAAUGCACACGCUUUUCACUCUAAUGGUUUAUGGAACCCUUGGAAUUCUCAACAAGUAUAAUGAGAAAAGAUUGGUGAUGGCUGCGAAGAUUUUCACUUGCUUUCUUGUGGUUAUUGCAAUUUGGGAAAUUCCUGGAACGUUUGACAUUUUAUGGGCCCCUUUGGCACUAAGGUACACUGAUCCUUUAAAGCCAGAUCUCCCUCGAUUACAUGAAUGGCAUUUCAGAUCUGGGCUUGAUAUCGGGAUGAUAUAUGCUUAUUUUCACCCCAAUGUUGAGAAGUGGAUAGAGAAAUUGGAGGAAUCUGAAACCAGGCGGCGACGCAUAAUCAAAACAUGCAUUGUCCUGGUUUCCUCAUCUGUUGGCUAUUUGUGGUAUGAAUUUAUAUACAAGCUGGACAAGGUCACAUACAACAAGUUCCAUCCCUACACAUCAUGGAUACCUAUCACUGUUUGCAUUUGCUUGCGGAAUUUCACUCAGCAAUUACGGAGUUUCUCAUUGACUCUCUUUGCGUGGCUCGGCAACCUCCCUCCAGACGUCACAAUCACCCUUUCUUGGGACCCACGUCCUUGUUGGUUUGACUGGGCUUGCGCACGCUCCCCCUUUCCGCCUAGAGAUUGACUUUGAUAUUAUUUGUCACGCUCCGCCCCGCUAUGCAAAUAUUGUCUGCAUCUUGUUAAGCAAGUAUGCUCAAAAUGUGCUUAGUGCUUCUCAAUUUGUUUCAUCAAAGCAAGAAUGUCCAUAUCCGAAUAGUGUCACAGCCAAGUUAUGUAGAUAUUAUCCGGCAGCCAACCUCCCUCCAAGCGAUGUAGGACGUCACAAUCACUCCUUCUUGGGACUCACGUCCUCGUUGGUUUGACUGGGUUUGUGCACGCUUCCCCUUUCUGACUAGGGAUUGAUUCUGAUACCAUUUGUCACGCUCCGCCCCGCCAUGCAGAUAUUGUCUUCUUUAUGCAUUCUUUGUGCUCAUGGUUUUCAAAACGAGUCUACACAGUUAAGAAGUAUCCACACAUAUAAGUGUCAAUAGUCUUCCCUAAGACAAUGUGGAAUGUCACAGUCCCUAUUUUCGACGCAGUAUUGCAAGAAUGAUCACCGCAUUUCCUUUUGUUC